GGCGGUGUGUCGGAGAUCUGGAACCGGAGGGGACCGACGGAGCCUCCGCGCAACCCGAGCCGAGAAACGGACACCGAGUUCCGGACACACACCGCUCCGUCCUCCGCUGCCCGGAAACCCAGCGGGGGCCGUUCUCCCCCAGGUGUGAGAAGAGGAGGGGGGGAGGAGAGCCGCGGAGGGAGCAGUGCACCGACCGCCGCCUCCUUCCGUCAUCCAUCCGCCGUUUGUGUCGGAGAUAUCCCGGACGAACCCGGCUCUGAGCACCGAGGAGCCGCGAAGCCGAGCGGCAGAGCUCCGUCCGCGGAUCAACGCGUCGGCUUUUUCCGCCCACGACCUGGUCCGUGUUGGAGCCUCCGCUGCCGGUGAGGAGGAGCGGGAGCAGCCGGGCCCACGGAGGAGCGGGGCUUUUUUCUACUGGGUGAUUUUUUUUAUUUCUUUCGGGGGGAUCAGAAGCAGCAGCAGAGGGAGCACCCCCACACACCCCCACACCCACACACACACCCCCGGCCUGACGCCCACCUCCACCCGCCAGUCCGCCUCCACACAUGGGGUAGGAGCUCCGGAGCCUCGGAGCCGUGCACACCUGCUCACACCUGCCCGCCGCGACGCGACCUGCAGCGGCCGUACCAUGUAGCCCCCCUGCCCCCCCUCUGCUCCGUCCGCAUCCCCAUCUCCAUCCGUCAAGCAUCCGUUCCCAAACACCGGGUCGUGGCCCACAGUGUCCCAUCAUGCCGGCAGGUAUGAAACCUCUGGAGAAGUUCCUGAAGAAGCAGACGACGGCGCUAACUCGUGCCGGCGGCUUCGGUGGCGUCGGGGACAAAGCUAGCGGCGGCACUGGGGCGUCGCGGCGCCGGGCUAGUCUGUCCCGGGUUGUCCCCUUCUUCAGGGAGACGUCACCUGAGAGCGGCCAGGCCCGGGAGGUGUUCAGCCCUGACAGCGAGGACCCGCCCUCCUGGCCGUCGUCCGCGGGUCCUUGUGUGGUGACGGCACACGCCAAUGCCAACGGCUCGGGGUCGGGUUCUGGAUCUGGGGGCGGAGACGUGCGCAGUCCGUCCCUGUCCAGUGACGAGCAGAGCUCUGAGGCCAGUCUGAUCACAGAGAGCAGCAGCAGCGGAGGGGGCGGGGCCACGCCGCUCCACGCCGACACCCCCGACAACGUGACACUGGCCGUGUUGGACAGUGUGGCGGGAAAACGCUACGGACACUGUACAGAGACGCUGCUGGAUGACUUCAUGUUGACACAUCCCAUCUUCCUGACGGCCGACAGGUUCCAGCAGGUUCUGCUGCAGCAGGCCGGGUUUAAGGGGUGAGCCAAGGAGGCGGAGACAGAAGCGGCGAUGGACGGGGUGGAGAGGAAGCAGGCGGUGCUCAACGUGGCGUUCAGGUACCUGGACACAUAUCGGGAAUUACUGCAGGAGGAAGGAGAACGCAGCAACAACUUCCCCAAGGAGCUGUAUCUGUGUGCGGUCCAGGAGCUGAGUCGGUUCCCGGAGCUGGUGGAGGACGUCCUCAAACUGCAGCGAUGGACAGAGAUCCUGCACUGCCCGUCCGAGGAGGAGAAGGAGAGCAGGAAGAAGCAGGUCCGACCUCUGUUCAGACACUUCAGACGCAUCGAUGCCUGUCUGCAGCCGCGAGAGGCGUUCAGGGGCUCCGACGAGAUCUUCUGCAGGGUCUACACCCCCGACCACUCCUACGUCACCAUCCGGAGCCGCCUCUCCUGCCGGGUUGGCGAGAUUUUGGCGCUGGUUCGGGAGAAGCUGCAGUACAGCGAAGACCAGCCGGUUCUGCCGGGUCACCUGAUCCUGGUUGCCGUGACAUCAGCAGGGGAAAAGGCCGUGUUCCGACCCAGUGAUGAGGCUGUGUUCACCACGCUGGGCGUCAACACACACCUGUUCGCAUGUGAACCCUCCGAACUGGACUCACUGCUUCCUCUGCCGGAGGAGAUCCACUGGACACCCGGAGAUAGUAAACUCCAUGACAUGUCAGCGGAGGAGGUGGCCAAUCAGCUGGUGGCGUUCGACUGGGAGCUGUUCAGCUGCGUCCACGAGGUGGAGUUCGUGUGCUACGUCUUCCACGGGGAACAGUCCCGUUGGCGACCUUUGAACCUGGAGCUGGUUCUGCAGCGCUGCAGUGAGGUCCAACACUGGGUCGCCACCGAGAUCCUGCAGUGUCAGUCUCUGCCCAAGAGGGUCCAGCUGCUGCGCAAGUUCAUCAAGAUCGCCGCUCUGUGUAAGCAGCAGCAGGACCUGCUGUCCUUCCUGGCCGUGGUCCUGGGUCUGGACAACCCGGCUGUCAGCAGACUACGGCUCACCUGGGAGGGUCUGCCUGGGAAGUUCCGGAAGCAGUUCCAGCAGUUCGAGAGCAUUGCGGAUCCAUCCAGGAACCAUAAGUCCUACAGGGACCUGAUCACCGGUCUCAGACCUCCACUGAUCCCCUUCACUCCUCUGCUGCUCAAAGACCUGACGUUCCUUCAUGAAAGCUGUAAAACGUUCCACGGGGAACUCGUCAACUUUGAGAAGAUGCAUAAAGUGGCUGAGAUGGUGAGAACGAUCCGACGCUACAGGAGCUCUCAACUCGCCAUGGAUACGGAGACCUCACCAUCCCACCUGCAGACCAAGGCCUACGUCCGCCAGCUCCAGGUCAUCGACAACCAGAACCUGCUGUUUGAGAUGUCCUGCAAACUGGAGCCCAAAGACACAUGAAGACCAGGACCAGGACCUGCACCUGGACCGGGACCAGAAUCUGGGCCAGAACCCUCCUCCUCUUCUUCUUCGUCUUCAUCAUCUGAAUACGAACCAACAAAAAAACAAACAACAAAUUCAGUCUUUUUAAUUUUUCAGGAGACAUUUGCGAAUCAGUGAAGACAUUAAAACCGUGUGUCCCUGAAUGCACCACUGUUCAUCUGCGACAAAGCAGGACGAAGAACAAGACGACAGUCCAUUGUAGCAUCGACGAAUGUAAUAAUGUCAUGAAGACGCACAAAGAUCUGAUGUUCAAAUAAUCAGAAAACAUCAGAAAACUUUUUUUUCGACCCGCAGUUGGUCCCUGAACGCAUCACAUCAAAAGUAACCUUGACACAGAUUCAUCAUAAAGAUGUUUAACAAACCAAAUACAGACGUCGUGACAACAGAGUAAAAAGUCAUUUUCAGGUCUGGAAGCAUCGUGAAAUCAGGCGUUCAGGGUCCACAGUCCACGGUGGAGGUGAAAUAAGUUUUUUCUGUUUAUUCUGAUCAAACGUCAUCAUUUCUUCAUCAGUUUCACUUAAAAACAGUUGAUUAAAGUAAAAGUAAAAAAAACAAAUGACAACCGAAGAGGGAGGAAGUUUAUUUCGUUUAUACACAACAAUGAACCAAAAUAAACCACAAUUUAUUGAUAUCAUUUGUCCUUUAAACACUUUGACAUGAAUUUAAAAUAAACAAUUAAAACACAAUGAAAUUAAUGAAGAUAAAUACAAAUGAGUGACAAACCUGGUUUUAUCUGAUUGUAUCGAUAAAAACCAGCGUUUCCAAAAGCAACGCUGAUGACAUCAUCAGGUUGAAGUUAAGAUGAUGACAUCAUCAGGUUAUGCUGAUGACGCCAUCAGGUUAUGCUGAUGACGUCAUCAGGUUAUGCUGAUGACAUCAUCAGGUUUUCCUGCGUCUUCUGGACAUUGUUUCAUCGUCGGCCGCUUCAUCCCAUUGGUCCGUCACUCUGCAGGCUCCUCCCCCACCUACUGCAACGGACCAAUCAGACAACAGGUAAUCUGACUCCGCUCAUCGGAGACAGGGAUGUCUCAAACCUGUCGCCUGCGGAGACGACACUGAUGUAAACAUUUUCUUUGUCUCAGAUCUGGAACAAACUGAUGGAACUCAUGGAAACGACUUCAUACUGAGUCUAUUUUUUCAUCAGUCGAUAAACGGACAGAUGUUUACAUGACCUUUGACCCCUGACCUCUGACCCCUCUGCUGAAGCUCCAGAUACCUACACUUUCCCUCUGUGAUCGAACCCAACAGUGAUGAUACGUUCACUGACUGCACGCUGUGACACGGAUCACGUGGCGUUCAGGGACAUGAUCUGAGACUGAACUUUUAGAUCCAGGUCUUUAAAACCUGCUUCGUUUAAAGGCUCAUUCCACUGUUUUAUCUGUUAACGGUUGGUUUAGGGUUACACGAAAAAAAAGAAAACCACGAUGGUGUCAGUUUAUUCAACAAAAGUUUAGAAACAAACGCAGUGAUUGGACGAUGAAACAGUUUCAUGAGACAUGUUUAACCCAAUAAGACCUGAACCAAACGGAGCAAUAUCCUGAAACGAAAAACAAACUGACACUAAAACCUACAUUCAGACACGUUGAAACACAUAAAGGUUUUAUUGGUUAAAGGAACAUUUACCUGAUAAAUGUUCCUUAAUGAAACUGAAUGAACUGAAACCAUCGAACGCCAGCAGAAUCACCUGCUAUCGCUCUGAUGUCACAGUUUGGUUAAAAUAUGGAAUGUUCCUUUAAGGAGGAGACAGUGAAUCUGAUUGGACGGAAAUCGGCCAAUCAGAUGGGUUCUACAGGAAGCUGUUUCUGCUUAUUUUACUUUCUUUUGUUUGGGAUUCAGACCAUGUGAACGGCCAAUCGGCUUUCAGGAUCCACCUCCAGGAUCGGCGGCGGGCGGCCGACGCAAUAAGACGGGAAGUGAAGCUGAUUGGUCGACGGCAGCGUCAACGAAGCACUUUGCCAAACCUCAGGGCUCAGAGACACUGAGAGGUUUUGUUUACUCUUUAUUCUCAUGUUUGGUAGAGUUCAGUUCAUCGUAAUGCGACCGAUCGGUUCAGUGUUUGUACAGACCAUCACCUUCAUUAAUGAUAUAAUAAUCUAUUAACAGGUGUUGUUUUAUGCUAUGAUCUCCGCCGGGUCCAAGUCCACAGUCAGAACCGUUUACGCCCAAAAACAAUCUCUGUUUGAACUCGUCUCUUUGUUUAAUGAAUCAACUGAGGUCACUGUUUAUGGAUCAAAACCAUCCAACACAAAAUGUCCAGAACUCAAUGCCUUCAUGAGGACGUUUGAUCCAGAUGAACCGAGUUUGGUAGAAGCAUGGAUCAGAUCCAGAACUACAGAAAACCCAACAGGAAGUCGUCUAUAUCGGAUUGAAUCUGACACUUUGGUUCCAUUUUUACCAAUGAACCUGACUCAGUCUGAAAACCUGGGAUUUAGGUUCAUCUAAACCCUAAUGAGGUUCUGGUUGAUCCAAUGGUUCCAAAGAGAAAUCUGUCAAAGGUCCAGUCUCUGUAGUUUGACCCAGAUGGACUAAAAACCUCCUGAACCCAAAAGGAAGUCAUCCAUAUUGGGUUCAAUCAGACACUUUGGCUCCAUUUUCAUCGUUUCCAGAGGUUUUUUUCCAGAUGUUCCUAGUUAAUGUCAGAUUUGUCACUAGAAUCUAAACCCAGGUUCUGUUUGGUUCAGAUAAACACGUUAAAGGUCCAGUUCCUAUAGUUUGACCCAAAAAACCUGAACCAAUGAACCUCUGGACAAACUGAGGCGUCCCUUAACGGAGGCAGAAGACAGGACAUUUUUGAUCCAUUAGAGCAAAAUGUUCCUAAAUGAACCGUUGUUAUCCUGUUUAUUUAUCGAAUUGACAAAAAAGCAAAUGGAGACGAACACAAAUAGAGAUUUUUUUUUUUUUUUUAGCUCUGAAGUGUUUGAUCAUCACUUCUCUUCAUGAUGUUUCAGAGUGUGUUUUAUGUUUCAGUUGUGGUUUGUUUGAAACUGUAACGAGGGGAUUUAUUUUGUUGAACUGUUGGACAUGUUGGACUCAUGGUCCUGGUUUGAUUGAACUUCAGGUGUUGAUGAAACCCUUCAGGGUUGGUGUUCAGUGGUCCAGUGGGCGGAGCUUAGACCCGGCAGUCAGUGAGACUUCAUCCUCCAUCUGUACCAUAACAUCCUGUUUGUAAAAGCUCAGUGAGGACGAGUCUGUCCAGAGACGAAGUCCACGUCCUUAGACUGGAAACACCCGGAGGACGGACUUCAUUUAACGCCUCCUUCGUCGCAUGACUCGGAUCCGAAACAUCAUCCGAUUAGUUUGACUCGGGACACAAUGCAAACUACGAAACCUCUGGAGUUCAACCAGACCCCAAAAACCCCUGAAACCCCCCGAAGGUCAGGAUAGGACAGUCCAGAAUGAGCUGUGGUUGGUUUGUUAGAAACCAACAUAAAAACUCCAUCCAACUCUGAAAAACAGUCAUUUACACGCCUGAGGUCAGAGGUUAAAGUUCUGAACAUAAAACACUUAUGAGGACCACAGGUUCAACUUCAAACCCUCAAAACGGAAUCUUUAGACCCUUAAAAGCCACUUCAAAGUCCAAGAACUCAGGUCUGAGAUUCAGGUUUUCAGGAGAAAAUGGAGACGUUAGAUCAAAUAAAGACAGGUUUUCCCAAGAAUCCAGAUCCAGGACUGUAACAGCAGGUGGUCAAACCCUCUAAAGACCAGCCUGAACUAAAAACAAGUCCAAGUCCCAGAAUCCAACAGUUGAGCCACAGUCCAACAAGAGGAAUCCAAGCCAGAAGCAAAGAAAUUGUCUCUGAAAACACAUUUUAAACCUUGAAGUUUAAAUUUCAACAACUUUAGAUCCUUAACAACACUAGACGCCAACAACUUUUGUAGAAUUUUUAACAAAACCUUAAAACCACUUCAGAGUCCACAAAGUCAGGUCUAAGAUUCAGGUUUUCAGGAGAAGGUGGAGACGUUAGAUAAAGUUUUCCAAGAAUCCAAAGCAGAACUGUAACAGCAGAAGAUCAAAGGCUCUAAAGUCAGUCCAAACUCCCAAAAACACAGGUCUGAACUCCCAAAAAGUCCCAGAAUCCAACAGUCGAGUCACAGUCCAACAAGAGGAAUCCAACUCAACACAAAUCUGAGUCUGAAGCAAAAAACACAAACUCCAAUUUAGACUCAGAAAACCCACUUGAACUCCCCCAAACUUUGGUUUAAACUCCCAAAAAUGCCAGUUUAGACCCUUAAAAACACUUAAAAGUUCAAGAACUCAGGUCUGAGAUUCAGGUUUUCAGGAGAAAAUGGAGACGUUUGAUCAAAUGAAGUCAGGUUUUCAAAAAUCCAGAUCCAGGACUGUAACAGCGGUGGUCAAACCCUCUAAAGACCAGCCUGAACUCAAAACAAGUCCGAGUCCCAGAAUCCAACGGUUGAGCCACAGUCCAGCAAGAGGAAUCCAACUUGACACAAACCUGAGUCUGAAGCAAAAAAAACUCACAAACUCCAGUUUAGACUCAGAAAACCCACUUAAAAUCCCCCCAAAUUUAGGUUUAAACUCCCAAAAAUGACACUUGAUCCUUAAAAACACUCCCUACUCCAACAGCUUUGGCAGAAGUUUGAACAACACCAAACUUAGACUCGUUGAAAACCAUGAAUCUGAGCCAAAAAAACAUGUUUGACUUCAUCUGUGGAUCCGUAGAAACGUCCAGUCUGCGUCUGGUCUUCCCUCUGUCCGUCGGGUGGAGGCGUGUCUCCAGGGUCUGGGUCUGGGUCUGGUUGGAAGCGUGUCUCCAGGGUCUGGGUCUGGUUGGAGGCGUGUCUCCAGGGUCUGGGUCUGGUUGGAGGCGUGUCUCCAGGGUCUGGGUCUGGUUGGAGGCAGCAGCAGUUCGUCGUAUAACGUGUGAAGCCCAGCGAAGACACCAUCUCUCAGGACCACUUCCUGGGUGGCGGCGGUGGCGGCGUUCACGUGGAUCCCGGUGCCGUUCCGGGCCGAGGUCACAUUUAUUCCGGAGCGAAACCUGGUUAAAGGUCAAACAGAAACAGCCAAUCGUGGCCUCUGCCUGGAACCGGCCCCGCCCACGUGGUCAAACGACGCCUUCACGAAAACAUUAAAAAAAAAAAAGUGACGUGUACAUAUUCAACCUGUAAAUACAAAAACUAAUGGAGACUCUAUUUUACGUAUGAGCAGAGAACGACGACAACUCAAGGAGAAAUAUUUGAUUUGGUGUUUUUCGUUUCUUAAUUUGUGCGAGAACGUGUACAGCGGUGGCGAGUUUGUGAUUGUACAGUGAAACUUCAGUUGAUGCUUUGGUUCUUUUUUAUCUGCAGCUUUGGUUGUUUCGGUUUCUGUUUGUUUUUUUUGUACAGAAGUGGUUGUUUACAUCAAUACAAGUCCUGACUUCUGUGAUUGGAGCAGAGGCCUGCAGGGGGCGGGGCUUACACAGACGGGAUUAUGGGUAAACGGCAAUAGUGUGAGAAAAUUUACAAUCAGAAAAACAUAAAAGUAAUAUAAUGCAGUGACCCUAAAGAUAAAGUUACAUCAUGUUUGAGUUUACUUUCAGUAUAAAGCUGUGAGUUUUUAAAUUAUCAACUAAAAAUGUGCAAAAAAGGCUUAAUAUUUAUACUUUUAUCUUUAACCGAUGAAAUAAAAAUCAAAUCAGAAGGUUCAUUAUAUUUAAAUAUUUGGGGAAUAACUGCAAAAAUGUCUGAAUUAUACUAAUUAUAAAAGCCUUUGUGUAACUUUACAGAAAUAUCUGUAAUAAAAUGAGUCAAAAGUUAAAUAUUUACAUGAAGUUACAAAUGUUGUAAUGAAACAUCAUUUAGAUUUUAUCAAGAGUCAGUAUUAGAUUUAACCGCAAUGUUAAAAAGAUAGUUAUUUUUCCUGAAAGAUUUAAUAGUUUUCCUUUUCAAGACAAAAACUAAAAUUUUUGAGAUUAAAGUUUACAUUUUAAUCAGUUUUUGACAUAAUUAAAACAUUAGUGAAACAGUUGUAUUAAAUUUGCAGUUUUACUAAUAGUUCAGUUCUGUUUCCUACAAAAAAUUAGUGAAAUUUAGUAUAUUUGGUUUUUUUUUCCAUCAUGAAACAUUUUUUUCUUUUUGUGUUAAAAUCUUCAGUUUUACAAUUAUUUAUUUUCCCUAAAAAUCAUCAUAAAUAUAAGAAACUUUCUCAUUAAUGCACUUUAUUAAACUUAUUUACUGUAAAAUCAAUCAGUCGAUUAGAAAAAAAAACAUGAUCUUUAAUGAGACGAGGUUUUAACAAUAAAAAAAAAAAACACAAAUCAGUUUAAACUGGA